AUGAAGUUCAGCACGAUUCUCUCUGCCCUUGGCCUGGCCGCCUCUGCCAGCGCCGCGUCGCUGCAGCAGGUCACCAGCUUUGGCUCGAAUCCCAGCGGCGUCAAGAUGUACAUCUAUGUUCCCGACAAGCUGGCGGCGAACCCUCCCGUGGUCGUGGCCAUCCACUACUGCACCGGUACCGCUCAAGCCUACUACAACAACAGCCCCUACAAGACACUCGCGGAUCAAAAGGGCUUUAUCGUCAUUUACCCCGAAUCGCCGUACUCGGGAACCUGCUGGGAUGUUUCCUCCAAGGCAACUCUCACGCACAAUGGAGGAGCCAACAGCAACUCCAUCGCCAACAUGGUCUCAUACACUCUCAACAAGUACAAUGGCAACAAGUCGAAGGUCUUCGUCACCGGCUCAUCUUCCGGCGCCAUGAUGACUAACGUGCUGGCCGCCACGUACCCCGACGUCUUCGCCGCUGGCAUCGUCUACAACGGCGUCCCGGCCGGUUGCUUCUACACCGGUACCGUCAACGGCUGGAACAGCACCUGCUCUUCAGGCCAAUCGAUCGCCACGCCGGCACGCUGGGCCCAAUGGGUCUACGACGCCUACCCCGGCUACACGGGGUCCCGCCCCCGCAUGCAGAUCUACCACGGCAGCACCGACACCACGCUCAACUACGCCAACUACCAGGAGACUAUCAAGCAGUGGUCCGGCGUCUUUGGAUACAACCCGGAUAAGCCUAUCACUUCCUCUCAGAACACACCUAUUGCCAACUAUCGCACGGAUGUGUUCGGUGAUCACCUCACGGGUGUUUGGGCUGUUGGCGUUGGACACACUGUGCCCAUUCGGGGUGACGAUGACAUGAAGUUUUUCGGCCUGUAG